CUUUGCGCUCUGUGUUGGUUUUUGUCUCCCUUGGGGAAGCUGGACGGCAGUUCGGCAGGCCCCGUGCGUGGCCAGGACCGCACACUGGGGGCCAUGGAGUUCACGGCGUCGCCCAAGCCACAGCUCUCCUCCCGGGCCAACGCCUUCUCCAUCGCCGCGCUCAUGUCGAGCGGCGGGUCUAAGGAGAAGGAAGCCGCCGAGAACACCAUCAAACCACUUGAACAAUUUGUUGAGAAGUCCUCCUGUGCCCAGCCCCUGGGUGAACUGACCAGCCUGGAUGCUCACGGGGAGUUUGCCGGUGGCGGCAGCAGUGGCAGCCCCUCCUCCUCCUCUCUGUGUACUGAGCCGCUGAUCCCCACCACCCCCAUCAUCCCCAGUGAGGAAAUGGCCAAAAUUGCCUGCAGCCUGGAGACGAAGGAGCUCUGGGACAAAUUCCACGAGCUGGGAACAGAGAUGAUCAUCACCAAGUCGGGCAGGAGGAUGUUUCCCACCAUUCGAGUAUCCUUUUCUGGCGUGGAUCCUGAGGCCAAGUACAUAGUCCUGAUGGACAUCGUCCCCGUGGACAACAAGAGGUACCGCUACGCCUACCACCGGUCUUCCUGGCUGGUGGCUGGCAAGGCAGACCCACCACUGCCAGCCAGGCUGUAUGUACACCCAGAUUCUCCUUUUACUGGUGAGCAGCUACUCAAGCAGAUGGUGUCUUUUGAAAAGGUGAAACUCACCAACAAUGAACUAGAUCAGCAUGGCCAUAUAAUUUUGAACUCCAUGCACAAGUACCAGCCACGGGUGCACAUCAUUAAGAAGAAAGACCACACAGCCUCGUUGCUCAAUCUGAAGUCUGAGGAAUUCAGAACAUUCAUCUUUCCAGAGACCGUUUUCACAGCAGUCACUGCCUACCAGAAUCAACUGAUAACCAAGCUGAAAAUAGAUAGCAACCCUUUUGCCAAAGGAUUCCGGGACUCCUCCAGGCUCACUGACAUUGAGAGGGAAAGUGUGGAGAGCCUGAUCCAAAAGCAUUCCUAUGCCCGCUCACCCAUCCGUACCUAUGGAGGAGAAGAUGAUGUGCUGGGGGAUGAGGUUCAGACAACACAGAAUCGAGGGUCGGCCUUUACGACAUCUGAUAAUUUGUCCCUCAGCUCCUGGGUCUCUUCUUCUUCCACUUUUCCUGGAUUUCAGCAUCCCCAGUCCCUUGCUGCUCUCGGCACCAGCACAGCAUCCAUAGCGACACCCAUUCCUCACCCUAUACAGGGCUCUUUGCCACCGUACAGCCGACUUGGGGUGCCUCUGACCCCGUCGGCCAUUGCCGGCUCCAUGCAGGGGAGCGGCCCGACAUUCCCCUCCUUCCACAUGCCCCGGUAUCAUCACUACUUUCAGCAGGGGCCUUAUGCUGCUAUCCAAGGACUGCGCCAUUCCUCCGCGGUGAUGACACCAUUUGUAUGACUCUUCUAAACCUAGGAGAAUCCAGAUCCAGAAUGUGCAAAUGGGUAUGAAAUGUGGGAGAGGGUGGGGUGGGUGGGAUGUGGGGUGUGGAGCAGGGGCUCUCCAGGAGACAUGGGACCUAUUAAAGAGGAGAGCUGGACUCACAAUAAAGCCUACUGCUGAGGGAAUGCACCACAGACCAGGACUCAUGUGUAGCUCCGAGAAAGCUCUUGGGUUCAAGAGAGAAUCAGUGUCAAGUUCUUAGCCAGCCUAAGUCCUACAACCAAUAGGAUACUAACUUACCCAGAAAAUUGAAUAACACAAGGCAGAGGAAUCUGAAGGUGCAUUAUACCUAGCAGUUAAAAAUGCUGUGUCAUCACAGUAAUGUAUAAAAUCAAUGUGUAGAGGUUAUCUUUCUGCUUUCCACAGGUUUAAAGAAUUUUCAAAGAGGCAAUAUGUAUAACAUACCGACCAUAAUGCAUAAUGACUAACUUAAGUCCAUUUCUCUCUGAGGAAAAUGAGAGCCAACAGAGAAAUAUUUGUAGUGCUGAAGCUUAAGCAUGUUUAGUUUUCCUUUGUAUUAGUCUGCUGGGUAAAGGGCUGAGAUAAUGCUAACACAUCCUAUUUUGUGGAUGAAUAGAUGGUAAUGACCUUACAAAGCUCUUUUUGUAACACUGAAGGGCCAGUAUCUGACAAACUCUUUCUCAGUCUUGUCUUUUUCUUCCUAAUUCUCUUUCUUGCAAUGACUUGCCAUUUACAUAGAAAAAACCUAUAUACAAUUUUGAAGCAAGAGGCUCUAUGUGUUACAUUACACAAUUGAGGUUAUAUUUUUCUGGGCUGCAUUCUAAGUGCACUGCUGACUCAUUCACUGGGGAACACUUCUAAAGCCUCUACAUGAUGACACGGGAGGCUUUCUCUCAAUCUGCAGUACCAAGAUGGUUGCCCUGUCCUGAAAGGAAUUUCUCUGCCAUGGGUACCAAAGGCCCCUUUAGUUUUACUUCAGCUUUGGGAGACCUUAUGGAUGGUAAAACGCACCGGGCCAAAUUCUCAUUUUUGGUAAAUCUGCUUUGUUAUUAGAUUAGCUGUUACCACCGAUUGACAAAGAUUUAUGAAUGACCAUUCUGAAUGCCCGUAUAACCACCACUUAACCUAUGUUCAUGAAGCAUUAUGAGUCAUACAAAUGAUUUGUCCUUCUUUCUUACUGUUCUGUUCAGUGACUCCGUUAUCAUUUUCCUAGUCCAUUAUAUGAAAUUGUAUGUCAACUCAAUGACUCUCUGACUGAAACACUGGCAGUGUUUAUAAGUCAAUCCAAAGUAUUUAUUCACUUUGAGUUCUUAUUGUUUUCUUAAACCUUCCUUUAAUGUUUAAUAAUUAACUAUAUUUUAAUUAUAUAUAAUCUCUAUAUUUAGGGGGCAAUAUGUAUCUAAGCAUUUGAAGUCAGGGUAGUAUUUGGCAUUUUGCAACUUUAAUAAAGUUUAUAGUCCUUCAACUUUAUAAUGCUUUCUAGCUGUAAGAUAUAACCUGUCUUCUUUAGAAAACUCUCCACAACUCUAUUUUAUCCUAAUUAAAUUUUGUAUCUACUUUGUUCUGACUGCAAAAGUAUUAAAUCUGUUAAAAGAGAUGGGAAAUAUCACUGCUGAGAGUAGAGAGGGGGGUAAAUGCAAUAUACUUAUCAGAGUGCAUGGGGUUUUAUUUAGUUAUUUUGUUAGGCUUUUCCAUAUCAAAUGCCUUUCUUGGGCAUUUCUAGUCUAUGAAACAAGGCAUAAUGGCAUAGCCUGUCUAUGUGAUGCCAUUGUUGUUGGACUUUGCAAUUGUUUUUCUCCACUGUGUCCCGUAGUUUGCUUAUGGAGAAGCAUGGACUGUGCUCCCCAAGCAUCUCAAAGUCCUAUGGCAGACACUGUAGGCUAAUUUCUAACUUCUUGCAUGUUAUGCUAUAUAGUAUCCACAGGUAGUUUGUUUUCAAACACAGCACAGAUGUGCGUUUAUUUAAAAAAAAAAAAAAACAGCUAUAAGUAAUGUUUAAGUAUCCAUAGAGCUUAGGAUAGGGAUUUGAUACUUAAUAGUUGGCCUGCUGCCAGUGCUCCAUUUAAUACACAGUACUGCUGCUUAAAGCAGGAAUAACAAAACUAGAUGCUAUUUAACAUGAUGCUACUCGAUAUUCUGGUAAAUUACUGGUCUACUACAGUGAAUCUGUAUCUGAGUUUUCUUUUCAAUGAGAAUGAAAGCAUCAUUUUAAUACUAUUUAGACAUUUUUCCCAACUGACAUAUCUUAAAGUAGGUUUGUUUUUGUAAUAUGGCUUUACUUCAGUAUUUCCUGACUUCAUAACUUUAUUUUGUAAUUAUGCAAUAUAAAACUAAAAAUAAGUAGUGUGCUUAGAGAAAAGCAAAGACUGAGAUACCAAAGCAUGCUUUUGGGAAAUAACACCUGAAAUUCUAAAUUGGAAUUUUUUUUUAAAGUAUUUGGCAUUAUUUGAAAGAGGAAGAAAAAGCACAAGUGACAUGGAACUUAACCUGUGAUCAAAGUCACUCUAACCGUGAGAACCAAGGGUAGAAAUUUACCCCAACCCCAGGGUCUUUCUAAACUAUUCUGGUUGCUGAUUCUUACUGAACUCCUCAGGUAUUUAAGAUUUUAAAGUCUAAUUCUACCAAAAGUAAUUGCAAGAACUAGAUAGUUAGUGGGAAAGCCAAUGGAAUAAUUAAGAGCAUGAGUUGCAGACUAUUUGGAAUAAAUGUAGGGUCCCCCCUGCCCCCACCAGGUAUAUCACAGUAUCAAAAAGCAUGACUAAUGUGCAGUGCUGCUACAAAGAGGCCCUUCCGGAACUGCUUUGUCUAACCUGAAGGAAUUAAUUUAUAACUCCGUAGGUUCUGCGUAUGUGAUUUGUUUUUAGAACACUUAUCAAUAAUGCUGAGUAAGUUCAAUUAUUUCUUUUACUUAACAAGUCUUCCCCCUCCUUUGCCGACCCUUAGCGGUAUGUAAGUAAAAUCUCUCCAUCUUGUAUCUAACAUAUCACAAAUUAUUAGGUUAUAAGGUCUGCAUUAAUGAAUUUAGGUUGCACCGCUGGUUUGAGUUUAUGACGAAGGUUUGUUG